AUGUUACUUAAAACUCAAGAUUACAACUCCGACCACCUGCACAUUCCGCCUUUUAAUUUUGCGGUGGUUGAUGACGGAAUCUUCAGGUCCGGAUUUCCAGAUACGACUAAUUUAUCCUUCUUAAAAACCCUCGGACUUCGAUCAAUCAUAUAUCUGUGUCCUGAACCUUAUCCCGAAGCGAAUUUGGAGUUUCUCAAUGCUAAUGCGAUUCAACUCCAUCAGUUCGGAAUCGAGAAAUCGAAGAAUCCUUCUAUGGAGAUCCAAGAGGAAAAAAUCCGUGGGGCUUUAAAUGUUCUCAUUGAUGCAAAAAACCAUCCGGUGCUCAUCCAUUGUAAGCGUGGAAAGCAUCGAACUGGGUGUCUUGUUGGAUGCCUGAGGAAGUUGCAAAAUUGGUGUUUGGAUGCAAUUUAUGAAGAAUAUAAGCAGUUUGCUGGUAACAAAUCAAGGCUUUCUGAUCAAAUCUUUCUCCAGAUGUUCGACAUUUCCAAGCCACCAUCGUUCCUAGACCGAAAAUCUUGA